GCGUUCCUUAUGGAGCGCGACGCCGAGCGCGCGCGCGCGCGAAGAGGCAGUCGUGGGGCUGGGUGAAGGCUGGUAGGCUGGUGGGCUGGGCGGGCAGCCGGGAGCGCGCGGUGGACUCAGCAACAGCGAAUAGUUGUUGUUAGUGUCAGUAGCUCCGCGGCGGUGGCCACGGCGACCGGAAAGAGGGCUGGAAGGCCGGUGAUGGUGGUUGCUGCGGCGGCGUGUUCGCCUCUCAGGUAUUUGCCUAAACUGGAACUUAUGCUGUAGCCAUUUCUUUGUGGAUUUUUCUAAAAAUCUAAGCUGCUGCUUGGCUACCCUUAAGGCCAAGGAGUGCACACACCUGCAUGAGGACCUGUCCUGGAAAUGGGCUCAGCCACCUGAGCUGGAUCUGGAGUUCAAGGUGAUGUGCUAGCAAGAGUAUAAAAGGAGCUGAACUGAUGGAGGUACAGAGAGCCACCUCAACUCCUAAAUUCUCCAUCCAUGAAAGAGCAGACUGCCUGAGUCUAAACAUUGCUGUCUUCAAAAAAUAAGGAAUGAGAAGAGAGGAAGAAAGGACAUCUUGGAAAGAUCCAAACUACUUUGAAAUUUUAAAGGAAUGUAAUGAUAGCUGCUAAAACCACCUUUGUCACCAUAAUGGAUGAGGUACUUCAAAUUUAACUGGUUGAUCACAUUUAACAAGAGCUGCUGUGAUACAUAGGGGAGGUGAAAACUAACGGAUGAAAGUAUUGCCAUGCACUGAAAGGAAAGCAUUGUUUAUGAAGUUCUAUUUUAAAAAAUGUCUGCUUGUAGCACCUUUACUGAACACGUUUGGAAACCUGGAGAAUGCAAGAACUGCUUUAAACCUAAAAGCUUGCACCAGUUUCCCCCAGACCCUGAGAAGGCACCCAUCACCCAUGGCAAUGUGAAAACUAAUGCCAAUCACAGUAACAACCACCGCAUCAGGAACACCGGAAACUUCCGGCCUCCUGUGGCUAAAAAACCCACUAUAGCUGUGAAGCCCACUAUGAUGGUAGCAGAUGGGCAAAGUAUAUGUGGUGAGCUUAGUAUCCAAGAACACAGUGAGAACAAACCUGUCAUCAUAGGGAGAAACCAAAACAGGACAGCCUUGACUCAGAAACCACUUAAUAAUAAUAAUGAAGAGGAUAUCGAAGGAUUUAGCCGUGUUCCUAAACCUUAUGACAAUAAUGAUAGUGCAAAGAAGAUACCAAAUAACAAUAAUGGACUAACUGAAGUGUUGAAGGAGAUAGCAGGCUUGGAUACUACUCCUCAGAUAAGAGGAAAUGAAACAAACUCUAGAGAAACAUUCUUAGAAAGAAUAAAUGAUUGCUAUAAACGAUCAUUGGAAAGAAAGCUUCCACCAAGUUGCAUGAUGGGUGGGAUGAAGGAUACUCAGGGCAAGCACGUUAUUCUGAGUGGGAGCACAGAAGUGAUCAGUAAUGAAGGGGGCCGGUUCUGUUACCCAGAGUUUUCUAGUGGUGAGGAGAGUGAGGAAGAUGAACUUUUCAGUAACAUGGAGGAGGAGCAUGAGAGCUGGGAUGAGAGUGAUGAAGAGCUGUUGGCCAUGGAGAUUCGCAUGAGAGGGCAACCUCGCUUCGCAAACUUUAGGGCAAACACUUUAUCUCCUGUUCGAUUCUGUGUGGACAAAAAAUGGAAUACUGUUCCUCUACGAAAUAAGUCUCUGCAGAGAAUCUGUGCUGUAGAUUAUGAUGACAGUUAUGAUGAAAUCCUGAAUGGUUAUGAAGAGAAUUCCGUGGUCUCCUAUGUACCAGGAAGUAUUCAGAGCAUGGUGUCAUCUGACUCCACAUCACCAGAAUCUUCUUUAACAGAAGAAUCACGUUCAGAGACAGCCAGUAGUAUAUCCCAGAAGAUUUGUAAUGGGGGAGUAUCUCCUGGUAACCCAGGAGAUUCUAAGGACAUGAAGGAAAGUGAGCCCAAUUAUGAAAGUCUCUCUGGCAAUAAUCAGGAGAAAGAUUUAUCACAAGCAUCCAGAAGCUCAGUGAAAGUUCCAGAGACACAUAAAGCAGUCCUUGCUCUCCGAUUAGAAGAGAAAGAUGGCAAGAUUGCUGUACAAACUGAGAAGGAAGAAAGUAAAGCCUCUACGGAUAUUGCUGGGCAAGCAGUAACCAUAAACCUCAUUCCUGUAGAAGAACAAGCGAAGCCCUACCGUGUUGUGAAUCUUGAACAGCCAUUGUGCAAGCCAUAUACUGUCGUGGACGUGUCCGCAGCCAUGGCCAGUGAGCACCUGGAGGGCCCUGUUAAUAGCCCCAAGACAAAAAGCUCAUCUUCUACUCCAAACUCUCCAGUAACAUCACCUGCAUUGACAUCAGGACUCAUAAGUGCCCAUUCCCAGAAAUCCAGUGCAAUUCGAUACCAGGAAGUUUGGACUUCCAGUACUAGUCCACGACAAAAGAUCCCUAAGGUAGAAUUAAUUAGUAGUGGAACUGGACCAAAUGUCCCUCCAAGGAAAAACUGUCACAAAUCAGCACCUACUUCACCUAUAGCUACAAACAUUUCCUCCAGAACCAUCCCUGUUAAGUCACCUAAUCUGUCUGAAAUAAAAUUUAAUAGUUAUAACAAUGCUGGUAUGCCACCUUUUCCAAUAAUCAUUCAUGAUGAGCCGGCUUAUGCUCGGAGUUCCAAAAAUGCUGUCAAGGUUCCUAUUGUAAUCAAUCCAAAUGCAUAUGACAAUCUAGCCAUUUAUAAAAGUUUUCUCGGAACAAGUGGAGAACUUUCAGUGAAGGAAAAAACCACAAGUAUAAUAAGCCAUACUUACGAAGAAAUAGAAACUGCAAGCAAAGUGUCUGAUGACACCACUAGCAAACCCACUGAAUGCCCCCAAGCUAAAGGGUUUUCAAACAGCACAGAGCGUAAAAGGGGCUCAGUGGCUCAGAAGGUCCAGGAAUUUAACAGCUGUCUUAACAGAGGUCAGUCUUCACCACAGAGAAGCUAUAGUUCCAGCCACAACUCCCCAACAAAGAUCCAGAGAACCACUCAAGAACCUGUUGCCAAAAUAGAAGGCACUCAGGAGUCUCAGAUAGCGGGCAGUGGCAGCAGCACCAGGGAGAAAGCAAGUACAGUGCUUUCUCAGAUUGUGGCUUCUAUCCAACCCCCACAGUCUCCUCCAGAAAUGCCCCAGUCUGGCCCUAAAGCUUGCAGUGUGGAAGAGCUAUAUGCAGUUCCCCCAGAUGUUGAUGCUGCUAAGAGUACACCAGUCCGGCCCAAAUCUCUCUUUACGUCUCAGCCCAGUAGUGAGGCUGAAGCACCUCAGACCACAGAAAAUCUUACCACCAAAGUACAGAAAGAUCCUCUGGCAAAGCCAGUCACCACCCCUCCCUCCAAAUUAGUGACUAAUCCCCAAGGUGAGCUACCACCUCCUUUUCCCCCACCACGCUCUACUUCCUCCCCUUACCAUGCAAGUAACCUUUUGCAGAAGCAUUUCACCAACUGGACAAAGCCAGCCAGCUCUACCAGGUCAACAGAAGCCGAAUCAGUUUUGCACUCUGAAAGCAGCAGGCGGGCAGCUGAUGCAAAACCUAAACGCUGGAUAUCAUUUAAAAGCUUCUUCCGCCGUCGGAAAACAGAUGAGGAGGAUGAUAAAGAGAAAGACCGAGAGAAAGGGAAACUGGUGGGCCUGGAUGGCACAGUCAUCCACAUGCUGCCCCCUCCUCCAGUUCAGCGCCAUCACUGGUUCACAGAGGCAAAAGGAGAAUCCAGUGAGAAGCCAGCCAUCAUCUUCAUGUACAGGUGCGACCCUGCCCAAGGCCACCUCAGUGUGGAUCAGAGCAAGGCCAGGGCAGACCAGUCAACAAUCAUGGAGAAGGGUGGAACAGAGGAUGGUUUACUACAGGACCUAGAGAAGAAAAGGAGUCAUUCUUCUCCACAGAUUCCUAAAAAAAUUCUCAGUCAUGUGACCCAUGAAGUGACGGAGGAUUUUUCUCCUUGGGACCCCAGAACUGUUGUUGUGAAAGAAGAUGGCAGGGGCUGCACAUCAUCAUUACCCCUACCUGAAUUGGAAAGGGAAGAGGAGAAAGAAGACAUUUCAGAUUCAAUGGACAUAAAUCCCUGUAGUGCAACAUACAGCAACUUAGGGCAAUCUAGAGCAGCUAUGAUACCUCCCAAGCAUCCACGGCAGCCUAAGGGAGCUUUGGAUGAUGCCAUUACCUUUGCUGGGAAAACAGACCAAGAAGCACCUAAUGCUUCCCAACCUAUGCCACCCCCACUGCCAAAGAAAAUGAUUAUAAGAGCCAAUACAGAGCCAAUCUCCAAAGACCUACAAAAAUCCAUGGAAACUAGUCUUUAUGUCAUGGCUAAUCCUACCUAUGAUAUUGAUCCCAACUGGGAUGCCAGCAGUGCUGGCUCUUCCAUUAGUUAUGAACUCAAGGGACUGGACAUUGAGUCUAAUGACUCCUUGGAGAGACCUUUGCACAAGGAGCAACCUAUCCCCUCAGCAGCAAAUAGCAAUUCCAGCUUAACCACUCUCAGUAUUAAGGAUAGAUUUUGCAACAGCAUGGAGUCCCUCUCCAGUCGACGUGGUCCCUCUUGCAAACAGGGCCGAGGCAUCCAGAAGUCACAGAGACAAGCACUUUAUCGAGGACUUGAGAAUCAGGAAGAAGUGGUGGGGAAAAUCCGAAGCCUUUAUACAGAUGCCUUGAAGAAACUAGCUGUUAAAUGUGAAGACCUCUUCAUGGCUGGGCAGAAAGACCAGCUCCGUUUUGGGGUGGACAGCUGGUCAGACUUCAGGCUAACCAAUGACAAGCCAUGUUGCGAGGCAGGUGAUGCAGUUUACUACACAGCGUCAUAUGCAAAAGAUCCACUUAAUAACUAUGCAGUCAAGAUCUGUAAGAGCAAAGCUAAAGAAUCUCAGCAGUAUUAUCACAGUUUGGCUGUUCGUCAGAGUCUGGCUGUCCAUUUUAACAUCCAGCAGGAUUGUGGUCAUUUCCUUGCUGAAGUCCCUAAGCGUCUUCUUCCCUGGGAGGAUCCUGAUGCCCCUGAAGAGGAAGAGAAUGAAAUGCAAGAGAAUGAAGAUGUGAAAGGAGAAACUGUUGGGAAAAGCCCAGAGCCCUGCUCUGAAAUAGAGUCAUCCCAGAAAGAAAGCCAGGGAGUUAUUAGCAGGAAGCAAAGAAGCCAUGUUGUGGUCAUAACCAGAGAGGUUCCAUAUCUCACCAUGGCUGAUUUCGUGCAAGAUUCUCUGGCCCAACAUGGGAAAAGCCCUGAUUUAUAUGAGAGGCAAGUGUGUCUGCUGCUCUUACAGCUGUGCUCUGGCCUUGAGCACCUCAAACCCUACCAUGUCACUCACUGCGAUCUCCGUCUGGAGAACCUGCUACUUGUCCACUACCAGCCCGGGAGAACCACCCAAGGCCUUGGGCCUGCGGAGCCCAACCCCACCUCAUCUUGUCCCACAAGGCUUAUAGUAAGCAACUUCUCUCAAGCCAAGCAGAAGAGCCACCUGGUGGAUCCUGACAUUCUCCGGGACCAGUCUCGCCUCGCCCCAGAGAUCAUAACAGCUACCCAGUACAAAAAGUGUGAUGAGUUCCAGACGGGCAUCCUCAUCUAUGAGAUGCUACACCUGCCCAACCCCUUUGAUGAGAACCCAGAGCUAAAGGAGAAGGAGUACACUCGAGCAGACCUGCCUCGAAUCCCGCUCCGCUCCCCCUAUUCCUGGGGCCUUCAGCAGCUGGCCAACUGCCUCCUGAAUCCCAACCCUUCUGAGCGGAUCCUCAUUUCAGAUGCCAAAGGCAUCCUCCAGUGUCUGCUUUGGGGCCCCCGGGAAGAUCUCUUCCAGACUUUCACCACCACCCCCAGCCCAGUGCAAAGGAAUGCCCUGCUCCAAAACUGGCUGGACAUCAAACGAACACUGCUGAUGAUCAGGUUUGCUGAGAAGUCCCUGAAUAGGGAGGGUGGGGUCAGCCUUGAAGACUGGCUUUGUGCUCAGUAUUUGGCUUUUGCCACUCCAGACACCCUCAGUCGUAUUGUGAAAAUCCUGCACCACCGUUAAUGUAUCCUGUUUGCUGCUUUUACUCCAUUUUCACCUUCUUCAAGUCACCCACGCACUUUUCCAUCCUAGUACUCACAGAAGAGAGUGAAACUGUCCAUCUCUUU